GCUAGCCUAGCACUCCGCGGGAGUUUCCAUGGCGACCGAGGCCCGGACCGCGCGGCCUGGCAGUGUUGCCAUGGAGACAACUCGGGAGCUGGGGCUUCCGAGCUCCGGCGCAUCUCCGGCUCAGAACCCCGCGGAGCCACUGUGCGAAGCCGGUGCCGCGGUAGCGGCGGCGCGCUGGGAUCUGCGGAAAUACUCCUUGCUCAUCGUUAUCGGCGACAUUGGUACAGAAAGUCAGCUGAGGGCCGUGAGGGCCCACCUUGAACAAGGGAUUCUCUCCUGGAACAUUGACUUGUCAUCCUUUGACUUGAACCAACAGUUGAGACUCUUCAUUACCCGGCACCUAGCUCACUUCUCCUCAGAGGUUAAAGGCCAGAGGACCCUCUGCCACCAGAGUGAGAUCCUAGAGACCAUCAUCCUAGUCAACCCCAGUGCAGACAGCAUCAACUCAGAGGUUCACCAUCUUCUUAGUACCCCAUCAGCUCACAAACUACUCAUCUUGAGUGGACAAACUUUAGAGCCUGAGGGAGACCUUAUCCUACAGAGUGGUACUUACUCCUACCAGAACUUUGUUCGGGUCCUUCAUAGUCCUGAGAUUGCCCAAUUGCUCAGCAAUAGAGACCCUGGGAUCCAGGCCUCCCUCACUGUUUCCUGCUUAGGGGAGGGUGACUGGAGCCACCUGGGACUGUCCAGUUCCAAAGAGACCUUGCACCUCCAGCUAAAUCCUGAGCCUGUGUUACCCACCAUGGAUGGUGUAGCUGAGUUCUCCGAGUAUGUCUCUGAGACCGUGGAUGUGCCAUCCCCCUUUGACCUGCUUGAACCCCCCACCUCAGGAGGCUUCCUCAAGCUCUCCAAGCCUUGCUGCUACAUCUUUCCUGGUGGCCGUGGGGACUCUGCCCUCUUUGCUGUCAAUGGUUUUAACAUCCUGGUGGAUGGUGGUUCUGAUCGCAAGUCCUGCUUCUGGAAGCUGGUGCGGCAUUUGGACCGCAUCGACUCAGUGCUGCUCACACACAUUGGGGCUGACAAUCUGCCAGGCAUCAAUGGACUCCAGCGCAAAGUGGCAGAGCUGGAGGAGGAGCAGUCCCAGGGCUCCAGCAGCUAUAGCGACUGGGUGAAGAACCUCAUCUCCCCUGAGCUUGGAGUUGUGUUCUUCAAUGUGCCCGAUAAGCUUCGGCUGCCAGAUGCCUCCCGGAAGGCCAAGCGCAGCAUUGAGGAGGCCUGUCUCACUCUUCAGCACCUAAACCGCCUAGGCAUCCAGGCUGAGCCUCUGUAUCGUGUGGUCAGCAACACCAUUGAGCCGCUGACCCUCUUCCACAAAAUGGGUGUGGGUCGAUUGGACAUGUAUGUCCUCAACCCUGUCAAGGACAGUAAGGAGAUGCAGUUCCUCAUGCAGAAGUGGGCAGGUAAUAGUAAGGCCAAGACGGGCAUUGUGCUGGCCAAUGGGAAGGAGGCGGAGAUCUCUGUCCCCUACCUGACCUCUAUCACCGCUCUGGUGGUCUGGCUCCCAGCCAACCCUACAGAGAAGAUUGUGCGUGUGCUUUUCCCAGGAAAUGCUCCCCAGAAUAAGAUCUUGGAGGGCUUGGAAAAGCUCCGGCACCUGGACUUCCUGCGCUACCCUGUGGCAACACAGAGGGACCUGGCUGCUGGGGCUGUGCCUGCCAACUUGAAACCCAGCAAAAUCAAACAUCGGGCCGACAGCAAGGAGAGCCUCAAAGCUGCUCCCAAGACAGCAGUGAGCAAGCUGGCUAAACGUGAGGAAGUGUUAGAGGAGGGAGCCAAGGAGGCCCGCUCAGAGCUGGCCAAGGAGUUAGCCAAGACAGAAAAGAAAGCAAAAGAAUCAUCUGAGAAGCCCCCAGAAAAGCCCUCCAAGCCCGAGAGGGUGAGGAUGGAGUCAAGUGAGGCGCUGAAGGCUGAGAAGCGAAAGCUGAUCAAAGACAAAGUGGGGAAGAAGCACCUGAAAGAAAAGAUAUCAAAGCUGGAGGAGAAAAAGGACAAGGAGAAAAAGGAGAUCAAGAAGGAAAGGAAGGAAUUCAAGAAGGAGGAGGGAAGGAAGGAAGAGAAAAAGGAUGCCAAGAAGGAUGAGAAGAGGAAAGAUAACAAAACGGAAGUAAAGAAAUUUUCCAAACCAGACCUGAAGCCUUUCACCCCCGAGGUCCGCAAGACCCUCUAUAAAGCCAAGGCCCCUGGGAGAAUCAAGACCGACAAAGGCCGAGUUGCCCGUGGGGAAAAAGAGUCUUCUGGUGAGCCCCGGACACCCCCAGCCCAGAGGGGGCCCAUGCCACUCCCAACUGUCAGUGGACACAGAGAGUUGGCCUUGUCCUCACCAGAGGACCUCACACAGGACUUUGAGGAGUUGAAGCGUGAGGAGAGAGAACAAAGGGACACAGGACUAGGCGAGAAACCACUUCAUGUAGAUACUACAGAACAGGGACAUCCAAGCACAGCUAUCCAGGAAGGACAUCCCUCUGUCCCAGGGCUGGACCAAGGACAUGUGAUAAUGGAGAAGGAGGUUGUCCCGGACUUUCUUGAGGACAAAGGGAGCAAGAACAGAGGCCUGGACUCAGAGGCUGAGACAGAGACAGAGAAAGAAACUUGGGAGGAGAAGAAACAGAGGGAAGUCGAGAAGAUGCCAGAGAAUGCUGAGACCAGGGAGGAAAGUGAACCUGAGGUAAAGGAGGAUGUGAUAGAGAAGGCUGAGUUAGAAGAAAUGGAGGAGGCCCACCCUUCAGAUGAGGAUGAGGAGGAAACAAAAGCUGAGAGUUUUUAUCAAAAACAUAUGCAGGAAGCCCUAAAGGUAAUCCCAAAGAACAGAGAGGCUCUGGGGGGCCGGGAGCUGGGAUUCCAGGGCAAGGCACCUGAGAAGGAGACCUCAUCGCUCCUCAGCAGCUUGGCCACACCUGCAGGAGCCAUUGAGCACGUCUCUUACAUCCAGGAUGAGACGAUCCCUGGCUACUCAGAGACAGAGCAGACUAUCUCAGAUGAGGAGAUCCACGAUGAGCCAGAGGAACGCCCAGCCCCACCCAGAUUUCCUACAAGUACCUAUGACCUCUCUGGGCCUGAAGGUCCUGGCCCCUUUGAAGCCAGCCAGCCUACAGAUAGCACUGUUCCUGCCACCUCGAGCAAAACUUAUGGGGCAUCUGAGCCUGAACUCACCUACCCUCCCAACAUGGUGGCCGCCCCUUUGGCUGAAGAGGAACAUGUAUCUUCGGCUACAUCAAUCACCGAAUGUGACAAACUCUCUUCCUUUGCCACCUCGGUGGCUGAGGACCAAUCUGUGGCUUCACUCACAGCUCCCCAGACAGAGGAGACAGGCAAGAGCUCUUUGUUACUUGACACGGUCACAAGUAUCCCCUCCUCCCGCACCGAAGCCACUCAGGGCUUGGACUAUGUGCCAUCAGCUGGUACCAUCUCACCCACCUCUUCAUUGGAAGAAGAUAAGGGCUUCAAGUCCCCACCCUGUGAGGAUUUCUCGGUGACUGGAGAGUUGGAGAAGAAAGGAGAGGCUGUGGGGAGGGGCUUGACUGGGGAGAAAGCUGUGGAAAAGAAACAGGAGACAGAUGUAAGAGCAUCUGAGAAACUUCCCAGUCAGUAUGCUGCUGUGUUUGGUGCCCCUGGCCAUGUCCUACAUCCAGGGGAACCAGCCCUCGGAGAAGUGGAGGAACGGUGCCUCAGCCCAGAUGACAGCACAGUGAAGAUGGCAUCUCCUCCACCAUCUGGCCCACCCAGUGCCACCCACACACCCUUUCACCAGUCCCCAGUGGAAGAAAAGUCUGAGCCUCAAGACUUUCAAGAAGAUUCCUGGGGAGACAAGCAUACUCCAGGUGCGGACAAGGCAGAUGCAGAAAAGCAGACAGUCAAGCCGGGGCCUGAAAAGGGCAUACUAGGAGAGGGGACAGUACCUCUUCCCAGGAGCCCCCAAGCCCAGGAAGCUCCUGUCAGCAUUGUCGGGGGUCAGACUGGCUGCACCAUUCAACUGUUGCCAGAACAAGACAAAGCAAUAGUGUUUGAGACAGGAGAGGCAGGUUCAAUUCUAGGAGCAGAAGCCCUUCCUAGAGAGGUGAAGGAACUGCGUGAAGAACACCAGGAACUGCAGAGAGAUGAGGUGCUUCGGCUUACUGACCAAAGCCUUUCCCCUGAAGAUGCAGAGUCCCUGUCUGUCCUCAGCGUGGUCUCCCCAGACAUUGCCAAACAAGAGGCCACCCCCAGGUCUCCCUGUAGCCCGAAAGAGCAGCACCUACACAAAGACCUUUGGCCAAUGGUGUCUCCAGAGGACACCCAGUCACUGUCUUUCUCAGAAGAGAGUCCUAGCAAGGAGACUUCUCUGGAUAUCUCUUCUAAGCAGCUCUCUCCUGAAAGCCUUGGCACCCUCCAGUUUGGAGAACUAAGCCUAGGAAAGGAAGAAAGGGGGCCUCUGAUAAAGGCUGAAGACCCUUCCUGCCACCUAGCUCCUGUGUCUAUUCCAGAUUCCCACAUAGCCACAGUGUCACCAACCACAGAUGAAACUGCUGGAGAGGCAAGUGUCACAGAUGAGAGCCCUGCUGGAAAAUUACCCAGCAGUUCUUUCUCUCACUCUGCACUGUCAGGUGACAGGAAACACUCACCGGGGGAGGUCACUGGCCCUGGUGAACACAUGACAUCUGACAGCUCCCUCACCAAGAGUCCUGAGUCUUUGUCAAGCCCGGCUAUGGAGGACCUUGGCAUGCAGUGGGAAGGUAAAGCUCCAGGGUUGAAAGAUAGAGCUGCGGAGCAGAGGGAAGAGGAAGUCGUGCUCAAGGAUGAAAACCUACAGCAGAACAGAAUUCUGCACGAGAAGGUUGCUGUUGUCCAGCAGGGUACAGCCAUGCAUCAGAUAGACAAGGCUCUAGAUGAGAAGAACAAGCUUGGAGAACAGCUGGAUAAGACUUCAGAAAAGAAGGGCAGAGACUUGGAUCAAAAGGAUGCAGCCAUAGGGCUGGCUAAGACUCCAGAACCCAAAGACAAAGACUUGGAACAGAAGGACCAGGUCCCAGCAGAGAAGGACAAGGCCUCAGAACAAAAGGGCACAGCCCUGCAACAGUCCCAGGCCCCUGAACCAAAAGACAGAGAACAAAAGCACAGAGAUUUAGAACAAAAAGACAAGGUCUUAGAGCCGAAAGACAAGACCCCAGAAGAGAAAGACAGAACCUUAGGACAGAAAGACAGGGCUCCAGAGCACAGUGUCCCUGAACCAAGACAGACAGAUAGUACCCCUGAACAGAAAAGCAAGGCUAAUAAAGAACAGAAGGAUGAGGCCUCAGAAGAGAAAGACCUGACCUUAGAACUGAAAGACUGGGCCCUGGGAAAGAAGAGUGGUACCCUGGACCAAGACAUCAGGGCUGCUGAACAGAAAGACAGGACCCUAAAAGAGGAGGACAAAGCUCAGGAGCAAAAGAGCUCUUUCCUGGAAGAUAAAACCACAACACUAACAGAGACAAUCCUUGACCAAAAAUCUCCAGAAGAGGCCAAGGCUGUGGAACAGAAGGAUGAUGCUGUUGUAGAGAAGACCAGAGCCCCAGGGGUGGAAGAGAGCACAGCACAGGAGGGCAAGGCCCAAGAGCAAGAUAAGAAAUACUGGAAGGAGCAGGAUGUGGUCCAGGGAUGGCGAGAAACAUCUCCAACCAGAGGAGAGCCUGUUGGAGAACAGAAAGAGCCUGUCCCAGCCUGGGAGGGCAAGUCCCCUGAACAAGAAGUUAGGGCUUGGAGAGACAGAGACACGACCCUGCAGCAGGACGCAUACUGGAGGGAGCUAAGCUGUGAUAGGAAGGUCUGGUUCCCUCAUGAGCUAGAUGGCCAAGGAGCCCAUUCAAGGUACUGUGAGGAACGUGAAAGCACUUUUCUCGAUGAGGGGACAGACGAACAAGCGAUGACCCCACUGCAGCACACUCCCCGGAAUCCCUGGGCCUCAGAUUUCAAGGAUUUCCAGGAGCCCCUGCCACAGAAGGGGCUGGAGGUGGAGCGCUGGCUUGCAGAGUCACCAGUUGGCCUGCCACCAGAGGAAGAGGACAAGCUGACUCGUUCUCCUUUUGAGAUCAUCUCUCCUCCAUCCUCCCCACCUGAGAUGACUGGACAGAGGGUUCCUCCAGCCCCAGGGCAAGAAAGCCCUGUCCCAGACACUAAGCCAGCACCACCCUCAAGGAAUGAACCUACCACCCCUUCAUGGCUAGCUGAGAUCCCACCAUGGGUACCUAAGGAUAGACCCCUGCCCCCUGCACCUCUCUCUCCAGCUCCGGCUCCUCCCACACCGGCCCCAGAACCACAGACUCCUGUACCCUUCUCCUGGGGAAUAGCUGAGUAUGACAGUGUGGUGGCCGCAGUGCAGGAGGGGGCAGCUGAGUUGGAAGGUGGACCGUACUCCCCUCUGGGGAAGGACUAUCGAAAAGCUGAAGGGGAACGGGAAGGAGAGGGUGGGGCCCCUGACCGCAGCCCCUGCAGUUCAAAGGUCCCAGAAGCGGGCCAGAGCCACACCCCCAGGGAUACUGAGCAGACUGAGCCAGAGCAAAGAGAGCCCACACCCUAUCCUGACGAGAGGAGCUUUCAGUAUGCAGACAUCUAUGAGCAGAUGAUGCUUACUGGGCUGGGCCCGUCUUGCCCCACUCGGGAGCCUCCGCUGGGGGCAUCCGGGGAUUGGCCCCCAAGCCUCUCAAGCAAGGAGGAGGCUGCUGGCCGCAAUACGUCUGCAGAGAAGGAGUCUUUCUCUCCUGUCUCACCCUCAAACCUCCAAUCAGACACUUCAACUUUCAGCUAUGCAUCUCUGGCAGGACCCGCUGUACCCCCCAGGCAAGAGCCUGAGCCAGGACCCAAGGUGGAGCCCAGCCUCACCCCGCCGGCAGUGCCGCCCCGUGCUCCUAUCUCCCUGAGCAAAGGCCCAAGCCCCGCUCUUAAUGGAAGCACAGUGAGCUGUAGCCCAGACAGGAGGACCCCAUCCCCAAAAGAAUUGGGCCGAGGUCACUGGGAUGACAGCACUAGCGACUCAGACCUGGAGAAGGGGGCUCGAGAACAGCCGGAGAAAGAGGCCCAGUCCCCAAGUCCCCAUCACCCCAUGCCUGUGGGCCACCCCUCAAUGUGGCCUGAAACUGAGGCACAUACCAGCCUUUCCUCAGACUCACAUCUAGGACCUGCCCGACCAAGUCUGGACUUCCCUGCUUCAGCCUUCGGCUUCUCCUCCUUGCAGCCUGCUCCCCCUCAGCUGCCCUCUCCAGCUGAACCCCGAUCUGCACCCUGUGGCUCUCUUGCCUUCUCUGGGGACCGAGCACUGGCCCUGGUUCCAGGAACUCCAACCAGACCCCGACAUGAUGAGUACCUGGAAGUGACCAAGGCGCCCAGCCUGGACUCCUCACUACCCCAACUUCCAUCACCCAGCUCUCCUGGGGCCCCUCUCCUCUCCAAUCUGCCACGACCUGCCUCACCAGCCCUGUCUGAAGGGUCCUCUUCUGAGGCUACCACACCUGUAAUUUCAAGUGUGGCCGAACGCUUCCCUCCUGGCUUAGCAGCUGCUGAACAGAGCGCUGGAGAAUUGGGCCCAGGAAUGGAGCCAGCUCCCCACAGCCUCUGGGACCUCGCUCCCCUGAGCCCAGCACCCUUACCCUCACUGGACUUGGCUCCAGCUCCAGCUCCUAGCCUGCUUGGAGAUAUGGAUGAUGGUACACUGCCCUGCCGCCUGGAGUGCUCCGGGGAACUCACCAAGAAGCCAAGCCCCUUCCAGAGCCCCUCUGGAGAUCAGGCAGCCAAUGGCCUAGCAGAAACCAGUCCCAAUCCGCCAGGGCUUGCCACAGCCAAGGCAGAAAAAGAAGAGGCCGAGGCCUGUACUGCUUGGGAACGAGGGUCCUGGCCCGAGGGAGCUGAGAGGAGCUCCCAGCCGGACACACUUCUCUCCUCUGAGCAGCUGCACGCUGGGAAGAGUCCCGGGGGCCCACCCUGCAGCCUUUCUCCUGAAGUUGAAGCUGGACCUCAGGGAUGUGCUACAGAACCCCGCCCCCACUGUGGGGAGCUUUCUCCCUCAUUCCUGAACCCACCUCUGCCCCCAUUCACAGAUGACUGUGACCUUUCAACUGAAGAAGCUCAGCUGGUAGGAAAAGGGGGGCGGCGCCGCACAGGGAAGCCAGGGGCCACAGGGGGCCCCUGCCCUAUGGCUGAUGAGACACCCCCCACAUCAGCCAGUGACUCGGGCUCCUCACAGUCAGAUUCUGAUGUCCCACCAGAAACUGAGGAGUGUCCCUCCAUCACAGCCGAGGCAGUCCUCGACUCAGAUGAAGAUGGGGACUUCUUGCCUGUGGACAAAGCUGGGGGAGUUAGUGGAACUCACCACCCCAGGCCUGGCCAUGACCCACCCCCAGCACCCCAGCCAGACCCCCGCCCAUCCCCUCCCCGACCGGAUGUUUGCAUGGCCGACCCUGAGGGUCUCAGCUCAGAGUCUGGGAGAGUUGAGAGACUACGUGAAAAGGAGAAGGUGCAGGGGCGACUAGGGCGAAGGACCCCAAGCCGGGCCAAGCCAGCAUCUCCUGCACGGCGUCUGGAUAUUCGGGGAAAACGGUCACCUACCCCUGGAAAAGGGCCUGCAGACCGAACAUCUCGGACCCUACCCCGACCACGCAGCACUCCAAGCCAGGUCACCCCAGCAGAAGAGAAGGAUGGACACAGCCCCAUGUCCAAAGGCUUGGUCAACGGACUCAAGGCGGGACCCACGGCCUUGGGCUCCAAGGGCGGUUCUGGCCCUCCUGUGUAUGUGGAUCUUGCCUAUAUCCCAAACCAUUGCAGCGGCAAGACUGCUGAUCUGGACUUCUUCCGCCGAGUGCGUGCAUCCUACUAUGUGGUCAGUGGGAAUGACCCUGCCAAUGGCGAGCCAAGCCGGGCUGUGCUGGACGCCCUGCUGGAAGGCAAGGCCCAGUGGGGGGAGAACCUUCAGGUGACUCUGAUCCCCACUCAUGACACGGAGGUUACUCGUGAGUGGUACCAGCAGACGCAUGAGCAACAGCAGCAGCUGAAUGUCCUGGUCCUGGCUAGCAGCAGCACCGUGGUGAUGCAGGACGAGUCCUUUCCAGCCUGCAAGAUCGAGUUCUGAAUAGACCCGCCCUCCCUUCCCCAAGGAUCCACUCCUCCAACUCAUUUAGAGAAUGUCUAUUGCUGAGUCCUUUGGGGUUGAGGGAAAUGGAGCUGGGUAGGGGGCAAGGUCAUGUGUGUGGACCUGGGCUAAGUGGGAGGUGCUGUCCUUCCCCUCAUCUGUUCCUGGGCUCUCAAAACCAAAGGUAAUGGGGGGAUACAAAAUUAUGAAAAUUCACCGAUGCCUGAAACCCUCUCCUAGCACUGCCGAAUGUUGGUCUCGGAUGAGGAGGAUGGGUUUCAGAGAGCACACUGCUCCCUCCUAGAGGGAGAUUAACACCCCGCCCCCAACCUCGUUAUUUAUUUGGCAUGCCAGAAAGGAUUGCCAAUAAUUUAUGUGAUGUAGGGAAGGCCACUGUUAGUGAGGUAGCCAGAGCUGCGCCCUUUCCUCCAUCUCCAUGCCCUAGCCACCAGGGUCUGGGUUCCAGCAGGGACCUGGGGGCGGGUGGCUGCUAUACUGUCUUAUUGCUUCCCGCAAUAUCUGAAUGUCUCAAUCCAAAACUUGAAGCUCUUUAGACCGAGAACUAGGGAGAGGAAAAAGGAUCUCAUCUCCCAGCCCCAGCUUCAUACCAUUUACGACCUAGGGCUGUGCCCAGACCUGGCCACCUGGGCAGCACAAAGGGCAAGAAGAGCCCCAACUCCAAUUCCUCCAAGCUCCCUGAUCAUUUAGUCUUCACCUAACCCAUUCCAACAGUCCAGAUGGAUCCCUUCUCGUCCCCUGCUUGGCUUCUCUGCAUGUGGUCAUCUGCUAUGGCCUGGUGUGUUAUGGGUUAAAAAUAAGCCACUGCCUGACACCCUUACAUCUGACAUUUUAGCCGUGUGACUCCCCCAACAUUCCAAUCCUCUACCACCCUGCAGCUGAAAUGGGAAUGCUGGCUGCCUCUCUAAACCCAAACUCUUGGACAGAGGUUCCGGGAGAUGGAGGCUGGUCUACAGAACUUGGGGAAAAUAGGAGAGGAGGGGAAAGAAGUGAAGACAGGCUGAGCGUUCCACAACAGGACAAGACCUCGCCCCAAGCAAACCAGUGAGCAGCCCUGCGAGACCCUGCUGGACUGAGAAACCCAGAGGCUGGUAGUCCCCAAGGCUUGCUUUCUUUGCCAAGCCAAUGGGAAGUCAAAAGGAGCCUGCCCCAUGUUCUUCCUAGCUCCCUUCUCCCGCGGCUGUGCUCUGCUCCCCCCACACUUCCCUGCUACAGUUCCCAGCUGCUGUAACAGAGCCACCUUCAAGUCUAACAAUAAAUCAAGUUCAUUGCA